UGUCAGAAAAUUAAAGGGAAGUGUGGCAGGAAAUGAAGGUACAGUAAAGGGAAUUAUCGUAGAAAUUGAAAUGGGAAAUAUGCCAGCAAAUGAAGGGAAAUUUGAGGAAAAAUGUCAAUGAAACUAUGUAUGACGUCAUGUUUAACACAAUGUUUCAUCGCAUUCAUGAUUAAUAUACACUAUUUUAAUAUUUUGAAUAUAUUUUUUUAUUAAUCUCAUUUGAAGAUUUAUAAUAAGAAUAAACAGUUUUUAAUUGUUUUAUUUUAGCAUCUUAAAGCGUCCGCUCUUUUUAAAGUACCGCGCAACGGCCAUGUUUAUAUGCGACGUUGUCACGUUCUCGAGACAGAAGUUUGCAUGAAAAAUUAAUUUAAAUAUGUUACUGUACACUUGUUAAUUUACUUUCCAUUCAUUUUUGGUUUCGAUCUGUAUUGUACAAAUUGUUUUAUAGUAAAAAGUAUCAAACAAAAUUUCUGUCUUUCCGUCGGCUGUCGUAAGCCUCUAUGGCUGCCAUAAGUACUGUUAUCAUUUUUUGACCAAAAUUCAUUGUAACGGUAAGGGACAUGGAUAAUCGAAUUCUAAAGACAAUUCUACUCAGCUGUGAAAGUGCGUGGAAAGACCGUGACAAUUCGGAGGAAUAUCAAAAACUAGUUCGAGAUGACAAAUUUUUGCCAACGUCUAAAAAUAUAUUUAACGCAGUAUGUUUAUCUUUGACAAACUUGUUGACGUACAAAGUAUCGAAAGAAGCUUAUCAGCGUUAUACUGUGCGACUUCAUGUGAUCGACGUCCUGAGAGAUUGGUGCACAAUUACUGAUGCCUUUAGAAACAUACGAAUAUUUACCGACAAGAAACAAACUUCGACAUUCUUGAAAAAUGUAUUAGAAAAAUAUUUAACAAAUGAUGUAUUAGACGCAUGCGAUUUAAGUGACAACUUGUUACCACUGACAAGUGCUUUAAUGUGCUUAGCAUCUACAAAUCCAUAUUAUAAACAUCACGUGGAGAGGUUACUUCUACGGCUCCUGGAAUUGGAAACCAGUGACGAAAGUGAACGAUUAUUAUGUUACGCGGUGCAAAACAGCUCAGACUUGAAUCUUGAGCUUUCAACGAUAGAGAAUAUUUAUCGUUUGCAAAGGUGCAAAUUAAUAGAACAACCGUUGUUAAAUUAUUUUGUGUCGCUGUGCUCUGAUUUAAAUAAAGACAAUAAUGUGGACAAUUCUGAAAUUCUGAAUUUGACAAAACAAUUGUUUGAAUUCGCCAGUAAGUCUCAGUGUAUUUUCUUGUUAAUAUGUGCCUUUUUAAAAGAACUACUGUUAAAGUUAGAAUAUUGUCCUACAGUUAUGGAUUUUAUACAAUCGACUUUGAAUCUUUUGAAGAAAACUUGCCAAGGUCAAGGUAAAGAUAUUCUGGACCUUUACCCCAGAGAUUUGCAAUCUGUUGUAAUUUUGUUACGAAUAGAACCAGCGUAUCAUACCAUUGAUUCUAAAAAUGCUACAUUGAGAAUAUUAAAAAGCAUACACUCGGAAGACAAAAAUACUGUCAUUGUUUUGAUGUCACAUUUCCCUCGAUGGCUGAAACUAUUUGGAGAAUUGCUAUGCUCGUAUCCAGAUGUUAAGGAAAGUUUAGAAAAUUUGUAAUCAAUUAAAUUAAUAUAGUAAUUAAGUGUAACGUAUUAAAAUCAAGAUUUAAAAGUUAUUGUAUCAAAAGAAAGUAUUUUUAUUAAAUUACUAUUUGGUUCCAUAAUAUAAA